UCACCAUGUGACUAAUACAAACAAAAUUUUUUUAAACUCCGUUGUUAACGCCCAAUCUCUUCUUGUCUUCUACUCCUCCUUCCUCCGUCCACCACCGUUUCUCUCUGACACCCACCACAACUCAACCCCUUUUUCCUCCUUUCCUCCUCCUCCUCGACUAUGCCGUUGUGGUUGUUGUUGUGUGACAGAUUCCUUCUCAUCUCAUGUUAACUCUCUCUUUCUCAAACUAAGAAAGGAAGUUUGUUUAACCAUGAUGGGAUUAUUUUCUUGGUUUUUGAUGAUUCUAUUAUAUCUUCUGCUGCCAGUAUCUGAUUCUCAAUCAGUUAACGAUUCUGAGUAUCUGCUUUCAAUAAAGAACUCGAUUCAGCGAGAUUCACUUAACACUUUAUCAGAUUGGGACGGGAAGAGUUCCUUGAAUCAUUGUUCUUGGUAUGGUGUUACUUGUGAUAAUAAUGUUACCGUUUCUUUGAACAUUUCGGGAGGUCUACUUUCCGGAAAGUUGUCCGGUGAUGUUGGUGGCCUCACUGAGCUACGUGUCUUGAGUUUAGCUAAUAAUGCGUUUUAUGGUGAGAUACCAAAGGAGAUUGGGAAUCUUAAGUUUCUUCAAGUUCUGGAAUUACAAGGGAAUAAUUUCACCGGUGAGAUUCCGGGUGAGUUGUUUAAUAAUAAUCAAUUGUUUAAUCUUAGACUGCUUAAUUUGUCUUAUAAUAUGUUAAAUGGUGUUAUACCUAAGGGAUUGAUUGGUUUUAGUAGGAUUAGGGUUUUGGAUUUGAGUUAUAAUGAGCUUAGUGGUGGGAUUAAGGUUGAUGUUAGUACUAGAUGUGAAUCACUUGAGUAUUUGAGAUUGUCUGGGAAUUUUUUAGUGAAUAGGAUACCGCCGGAGAUUGGGAAUUGUUCGAAUCUUAGGGAGUUGUUAGUGGAUGAAAAUGUACUUGAAGGGAGGAUUCCGGUGGAAAUCAGAAAUAUUGAGGAGCUACGGGUUCUUGAUGUUUCGAGGAAUAGUCUUACUGGGAGGGUACCCAAGGAGUUGGGGAACUGUAGGAAGUUAGAGGUGGUUGUGUUGAGUAAUUUGCUUGACGGUAGUGAGGAAGAGAGUGGAAGAGGGGAAUUUAAUGCAUUUGUGGGAGGGAUUCCUUAUGAGGUACUGAUGUUGCCGAAUCUUGAGGUUUUUUGGGCACCUAGAGCGAAUCUUGGAGGGAGAUUGGCAAGUAGUUGGAGAGAUUCGUGUAAACUGCGAGUGCUUAAUAUUGGGCAGAAUUAUAUUACUGGUGUGAUUCCGGAAGGGUUGGGGCUGUGUAAGAAUCUUUCAUUUCUGGAUUUGAGUUCGAAUGUUUUGCUGGGGUUCGUUCCUUUGCAGCUGCAUGUGCCGUGUAUGGUUUACUUCAAUGUUAGUCAUAACUCGUUAUCAGGUUCGCUACCAGCAUUUGCAAAGAGUGAUUGCUCCAACAGUGUGAAGGUGUUUAGUCAAGGUAAUUAUGUUAAUGAGAAAGAAAACUUCGAACUCGCUUACUCUGUGAUUCCUCGUUGGAGUUCACAGAUUAAUAUGGUGGAAUUGGGUACUGCUGAUUUUGUAGUCCAUCAUGAUUUUAGUUGGAAUAACUUCACAUAUCCGUUACCGUUGUUCUACUUAGGAGAUGGAGUCACACCAAGUAACAUUAAACCCUCCUACAGGUUAUUACUGAACAAUAAUCAGCUUAACGGGUCUCUUCCAGGCGUUCUUUUUACUGACUGCACAGGCUUGGAGAACUUUGCAGUCGAUUUAAGUUUCAACAAUAUAUCGGGUGGGAUUUCACAAGAUUUGCUUUUUGAUUGCUCGAGGUUAAUUGGGUUUCAGGUAGCUUCCAAUCAGAUUAGUGGAUCAAUUCCUUCUAGUAUUGGUUCUUCAGAGAUGCUUCAUCAUCUUGACCUGAGGGGAAACAUGUUGACUGGGUCUCUGCCAUACACAUUGGAGAAGCUGAACCAUCUGAGGUUGAUUCUUCUGGGUGGAAAUAAUUUGGUAGGAGAAAUUCCUGCUCAGCUCGGUAAUUUGCAUUUACUUACGGUUCUAGAUUUAUCAAGAAAUGCUCUAUCAGAAGCCAUACCUCCUAGUUUGGCAAACGCCACAAACCUUCAAGAAUUGUUACUUGAUCACAACAAACUGUCAGGGAAGAUUCCCACAUCAUUUUCAACUUUUUCCCAUCUUAUGAAGCUGGAUGUUUCUUACAACAACCUUUCUGGUGUUAUACCUCAUCUUCAACUUGUGAGCGACUGUGAUGGCUUCAAAGGGAAUAAUUUUCUACAACCAUGCCCUGAUCCAAACACUGGACCUCCUGCAGGACUUCCCAUUCCGCUUGAGAUCCAUAGACAUACACGCCAUAAAAACAAACUUAAGACUAUUGUGAUUGGGCUCGUAACUUCCGCAUCUAUCGUAGUUCUUGUUUUCCUGACAACGAUUCUGGUCCUGGUUUGUAGGAGGAAAAAGCUUGGUCUUGCCAGAAUUUCCAGCCUCAAAAGCAAAGUAGUCGUGACAUUUACAGAAGUUCCUACUAAGUUGAAUUAUGAUAGUGUGGUUAGAGCAACAGGAAAUUUCAGUGUUAGGAACCUGAUUGGUACGGGUGGUUUUGGAGCUACUUACAAGGCUGAGCUGGUUCCAGGUUUCCUGGUAGCUGUGAAGAGGCUGGCAAUUGGAAGAUUCCAAGGGAUUCAACAGUUUGAUGCAGAAAUUAGAACUUUGGGAAGGAUUAGACAUAAAAACCUCGUAACUCUUAUUGGAUAUUAUAUGGGAGAAUCUGAGAUGUUGUUAAUCUACAAUUAUCUCUCAGGUGGAAAUCUUCAAACCUUCAUCCAUGAGAGAUCGGGGGAAAAUGUGAAGUGGCAAGUGAUACACAAAAUAGCCCUAGACAUAGCACAGUCACUAACUUAUCUUCAUUAUUAUUGUGUUCCUCGGAUAGUUCAUCGGGACAUCAAGCCUAGCAACAUCUUGCUUGAUGAAGAUCUUAAUGCAUACCUUUCGGAUUUUGGGCUUGCGAGACUUCUAGAAGUUUCUGAAACCCAUGCUACUACUGAUGUAGCUGGUACAUUUGGGUAUGUGGCACCUGAGUAUGCAACCACCUGCAGGGUUUCAGAUAAAGCCGAUGUGUAUAGUUUUGGUGUCGUGCUUUUGGAAUUGAUGUCUGGGAAGAAAUGUCUGGAUCCAGCAUUCUCUAAUUACGGGAAUGGAUUUAACAUAGUUGCAUGGGGGAACUUGUUGAUAAAUGAAGGGCGUUCGUCCGACUUUUUCUCUCCUGAGCUGUGGGAAGUAGGGCCUAAGGAGAAUUUGUUAGUUAUGUUAAGUCUUGCAUCGGACUGCACUGUGGAGUCACUCUCAAUCAGACCGUCCAUGAAGCACGUGUUGGCAAAAUUGAAACAGUUGAAAAUUCCUGAAAGCUGAAAAUCAUGCUCUGCACUGCCGCAAGCUUAAAAUCCCAGUUGUCCAUUCCCUUGCGCACAUGUUCAUAUAAAAGGCACCAAUAAUGUGGCACUUGUAGCAUUUGAACAUAUUUAACAAUAUUGCCUCUCCGUGGCUGAUAUUUGUGAAUCAAUCACACAGGCUUUUAUGUUCAUUAUGUUCACUUCAAGUGAGGAUUGCGGAACCAAGAUUUGCGACUUCAUUAGACACCAGUACCAUAUGAAGUAGGAUAGUUAUAUAACUCAUGGGUAACAAAAAUCAGGCUCACAAGCCUGUUGUUAGAUUUGUGUACAUAUCUUUUUGCUCUUACUUAUAUAAUGAGCGUAUAUUAGUGGAUGUUGUCUUCAUAUUCUUUUGUCCACGGGGCAUACAGUUGUUGGGAAAUUCUUAUGUCAUGAAGCUGGUUAUCAAUGGCAACAAACAAGUUGGUGGAGAUGAUUUGUACUAA